UCUAUUUGACACUUUUCCCAUUUCUUUUGCACAAAACGAAAUACGGAAGGGCGGAUGAGAACCUAAUCUGCUACUCCUCCUUUUAUCUCAUUCAUUCAUUCAAGUUCCAAGCUUCUUGCACUUUUUGGAGUGGUAAGUACUCCUGAAUCUCUUUUUCUUUUAUUUCUAUGAAUAUUCAUUGUGAUUAUUGGGGAUCAACGUCAACCUGGGUAUGCGAAUUUUCCAUCAAUUGAGAGAAUUAUCCCAAUCAAUUUAGUGAAUCUCCAAGCAUAUUCUCUCUAACACGCACAAAUAUCGCAUGCAUACGUCUUCAUGGAUCAACUCUCUAGAUCUGAAAUCCAUUGCUUUUGUUCUCCUCGAGUCUGUGACUGACUUCUGCAUUUCGAAAGUAUUCAACCUGAUUCUCAAUAUUUUCUAUACAGAUAUUGAUGUAUUAUUGUUACAUGCUCAAUUAAUUUGGAUUCUGGAUUCAGCUUCUUGGUGUUCAAUGUCAAGAUUUGGAUUCUUACAAUUGUAGGAUUACGGACGGUGUAUCUUUCUGUAAAGAUGAGAGGAAGAGGAAUGUGGAAACUUGGGCAAUCGAUUACUCGCCACUGCUUGGUAGACAAGAGGACUAGUACUAUUGCUUGUAGGCGCUUUGCAUCCGAACCCAAUCUUCUGAAGAAGACUGUUUUGUACGACUUCCAUGUGAAGAAUGGCGGCAAAAUGGUGCCAUUUGCGGGUUGGAGCAUGCCAAUUCAGUAUAAAGAUUCAAUUAUGGAGUCAACGGUAAACUGCAGGGAGAACGGCAGCCUGUUUGAUGUUUCACACAUGUGCGGUUUAAGUCUAAAGGGGAAAGAUUGCAUCCCGUUCUUGGAGAAGCUUGUCAUUGCUGAUGUGGCUGGACUUGUGCCGGGGACUGGAACUUUGACUGUAUUCACAAAUGAAACUGGUGGGGCAAUUGAUGAUUCAGUGAUCACCAAGGUCACCGAUAGUCAUAUAUACCUUGUUGUGAAUGCUGGGUGUAGGGACAAGGAUCUUGCACACAUUGAAGAACACAUGAAAGCUUACACUUCUAAAGGGGGCGAUGUUUCUUGGCACAUCCAUGACGAACGGUCUCUUUUGGCUCUCCAGGGUCCACUUGCUGCCACGGUCCUCCAAAAUUUGACAAAGGAAGACUUAAGCAAAAUGUAUUUUGGUAACUUCAAGGUACUGGAUAUCAAUGGUGUUUCGUGCUUCCUCACAAGAACAGGGUAUACAGGUGAAGAUGGAUUUGAAAUUUCAGUGCCGUCUGAACAUGCAGUGGACCUGGCAAAAGCCAUUCUAGAAAGGUCUGAAGGGAAGGUGAGGUUAACAGGACUGGGUGCUCGGGACAGCCUUAGGCUUGAAGCGGGGUUGUGCUUAUAUGGGAAUGACAUGGACCAACACAUAACACCUGUAGAGGCCGGACUUACAUGGGCCAUAGGGAAGAGAAGAAGGACUGAAGGUGGAGGCUUCCUCGGGGCCGAUGUGAUCCUGAAACAAAUAGCUGAAGGCCCGAAGAUCAGAAGAGUGGGCUUCGUAUCCUCUGGCCCACCAGCAAGAAGUCACAGUGAGAUCCAAGACGAGGAUGGGCAAGCAAACAUUGGGGAAAUCACUAGUGGGGGGUUCAGUCCUUGCCUGAAGAAGAACAUUGCGAUGGGGUACAUAAAAUCUGGAUUACACAAAGCCGGCACUAGUGUGAAGAUUUCGGUUCGUGGGAAGCCUUAUGACGGUGUGGUUACUAAAAUGCCCUUUGUUCCCACGAAGUACUAUAAGCCACCAUCAUCUUAAUUUUCAUUUCAUAAUUAUUUUGAACUUCUAUAACUUCAGAGCUGCAUGCUUCUGAAAAUAAACAACACACUUGCCUGCACAGAAGACCUGUGCUUUUGUAUCUCCAUUUUGCCUUGCUUAUAUAUCUUCCUCCCAAUUGUGCCAAUUUAUGCUCAAUGCCUUUACCCAUAAGAAACUGUUGUAUACUUAAUAACAAUGAUAUUUCAAAGUUUUCUUGUUGAUCAAUCUCUCUUGGUAUGUACUAUGUAGGGAUGUAGGGCUAUAACUGAACCCAGC